CACAGCAUAUUGUCUUGGUAUGUUCCUCCAACACGGAGCACUAUAAAUACUCACUCCAACACUCUCAAAAAUACUCAACUGCUCUCCAUAACAGAAACAUAACCAAAACUAAUAGACAACAGAGAGAGAGAGAUAAAGGAAAAGAUGAUUGAGACGGUUAAGCACCUGAUUGGCUCCGGUGGCCCAAGCGGGUUCGGAUCAAGAUCCACAGCCGAACAUGUCACUGCUAAAUCUGACCUACGAUCUCUUACCGCCAUCAUCACUGGAGCGACGUCGGGUAUAGGAGCGGAGACGGCGCGAGUUCUGGCAAAGCGUGGAGCGAGGCUUGUGAUUCCGGCUCGGAGUCUCAAAACUGCAGAGGAAACAAAGUCACGUAUCCUCUCCGAGUUUCCUGAUGCGGAGAUCAUCGUCAUGCAUCUCGAUCUCAGCUCCCUCGCCUCUGUUCGUCGAUUCGUAGACGAUUUCGAAUCUCUUCAUCUCCCUCUCAACAUCCUCAUCAACAACGCCGGAAAAUACGCGCAGAAACACGCCAUCUCUGAGGACGGCGUGGAGAUGACCUUCGCAACUAAUUAUCUCGGCCAUUUUCUGCUGACUAAACUGCUGUUGAACAAGAUGAUUGAAACGGCGGAGCAAACCGGCGUUCAAGGCCGUAUCGUCAACGUCACGUCGGUGAUCCAUAGCUGGUUCUCUGGCGAUAUGCUGAUAUAUGUCGCCGAUAUCUCCCGAAGCAAUAGAAACUACGACGCGACCCGAGCUUACGCGCUCUCCAAGCUAGCCAACGUUCUCCACACCAUAGAGCUUUCCCGGAUUCUCCAUAAAAUGGAUGCUAAUGUAACGGCCAACUGCGUUCAUCCUGGAAUCGUGAGAACACGUCUCACACGAGACCGAGACGGCCUCAUCACUGAUUUAGUCUUCUUUUUAACCUCCAAGCUAUUGAAGUCUGUUCCUCAGGCAGCAGCAACGACAUGCUACGUAGCAACGAGUCCGAGAUUGAGGAACGUGUGUGGCAAAUACUUUUCAGACUGCAAUGAAGCUCGAACUUCCAAAUCUGGAUCGUGCAAUCUUAAAGCUCAGAGACUGUGGACUGCUUCUGAGUUGUUGGUUUCUCCAGCUUCCACUCCCAACGUUUAUCAAACCUUUAACUUCUCUUUAAUCAGCGAUGCUGUGUAUGUCUAAAUCCCAAGCCCUGUUAAAAGACCUAGAGCAUUACUUUAUAAUAUAUGUGUAUAUAUAUAGCAAUAUAUGUUCGUUUGUGUGUGUAGUGUGUAUAAGCCAUGCCUCCAUAUUAUAUUAUAUGUGGUUGUGUGUUUUCUUUAUGUAAAUAUAGUUGUAGGGUUUUGUAAAAUCUAGCUGUGUCUUUGUUAUGUAAUUCCUACCUACAUCAAUCUAGCACAAUCAAUAUAUAAAGAAUAACUUUGAAAAUC